GACGGUGAUGGUGGUGGCGACUGUGGCAGUGGAUGGCGGCAGCGACGGCUGUGAUGGUGGCGUUUCGGCCGACGCGGCAGCGACAGCGGGCUGGCCCGCGCUGGCCGCCGAGGAGGCGCGCUGCCGGCACCGAGACGCCCGAGGGCGUCUGCUUCGACACCGGCCUGCAGAUCGGGGCGGUGCUCGACGCGCUCCGCUCCUUCCGCGCCGCCGCCGCGUCCGCCGACGCUUCCACCGCGGCGGGGCCUCCUGCGCUGGCUGGGGCAGGCGGCGGUGCCGCGGGCUCUCCCACCGCGGCGGGGGCCGGCGGGCGUGGCGCGGCGGCGGAGCCCGAGAGCGAGUCCCGCUUCGCCGAGGCGGCCUUUGUCUACGAGGAGGAGCUGACGCUGCGCGAGCUGCUCCUGCGCGUUCUCAGCGAGCGCAAUCGGAAGCUCCUUUUCGUCCGCGACACGGGCGGCGGAGGGCCACCCGAGCUGCGCCGCCUGAUUUCCGUGAGCGACGCCUGGCGGCUGUGCGUGGGGGAGGCUCCGCAGGUCCCGAGGGUCGAGCCAGCGCGGGGCGCCCGCGGGGGGGGGGAGCCAAUGGGCGGCAAGUGCUGCACGGACCGCAAGGAGCCCGUGGCGGGCGCGGCGGGCGCAGGGGCCCAACAGCCCGAGCGCAAGUCGCUGGCCGCCUUCGGGAAGCCAAGGUCGCUGUCCCUCGGCUAUCAGUCCAAGGGGGACGACGCGGAGAAGUUCGAUAAGGCUUACGAGGCGAACGAUUACAAGGGUCUCGUAGCGCUGCUCCCGUCGAUGACCAAGGUAGAAGCGUUCGAGGAGCGGAUGCAUCCUUGGGCUGACGACCCCAGAACGGUGGGAGCGCUCGCGGGGACGCAGCUCGCGAUCCAGGCCUCGCUCGCAGACGCCGAGAAUCCGAGCGUGAAGGAGGAGAUCUUCAGGGCCGGGGCCAUCCCUCCGCUGGUGGGCUUCCUGAAGUCGGACGAGACGGACCGCGUUCAUACCGCGGUGGUAGCGCUGAGCUUCCUGACCGCGGACUGCUCCAGCAACACGGUCGCCGCCUACGAGGCGGGGGCGGUAAAGCUCCUCCUGCAGCACAUCGGCUCCCCGCUGAUCGGGAUGCGCGCCGCGGUGGCCACGACGCUUAGGAACAUCUGCAUGGAGCGGGACGAGUACCGCGCCGAGUUCGUAGAGCUAGGGGGUCUGGACGGCCUGGUGAAGCAGCUGGCCGUCCCGGCAUCGGCCGACCCCUCGCUGCCGCUUGUGGACGUGCAGCUGGAGGCCAUCCUCAACCUGCAGGACGUUAUCGAGGACCAGGACGGUAACCUGAUCGACAAGUACGCUCAGAAGGCCCGCGAUGCGGGCGUCGUCCCUCUCCUGCAGCAGCUGGUGCUCAGCGAGGACGAGGAGGUGCAGAACUCCGCAAACGAGGUGCUGACGCUGCUGGGCGCCGCCUGA